AUGUUUGAUCUCACAAAGUGCAAUCUGUCAUACUACUCUGUCCCGGCAGCCUUUGUGCUACUCGUUCUUCCGCACGCGUACGCCGUCAGAGCGGCGGGCCGGAACUAUGACCUCGCCCAGCCGCGGCGGACGGACGAGAACCUGGCCAAGGAUGAGAGCUUGGACAAAGUGACCGUCCGGCGCAUUCAACGUGCCAGGGCCGCGGCCGCCAACGGCCUGGAGACGAUCGGCCUGUACGCUGCCGCCAUCGUGGCCGCCAACACCCAGGGCGUGCCGACCCGGAAGCUGAACUUGCUCUCGCUAGGCUACCUCGCCUCUCGUGUGGUCUACAACUUUGUGUACGUCGUCGUGCAGGACAACCGGAAGACGGCUGCCGCGCGCCCGCUGACGUGGGGGGCGGGCAUUGCCGUCAUCAUGUCGCUGUUCCUCUCGGCUGCGCGGAACAGUAAUUAA